GAAGGUUAAGUUGGGGUGUUUCAAGCCCAAAAUUUUUAUCCCUCCAGAUGUCAACCCCCUCCCCGGGUGAUUGAAGUGGAGGGCCCCAAAAAACUAACGUUAGAACAGAUCCAGAAGCACACAUGGUACAUAGGGGGGAAGAACGAACCAGAGCCAGAGCAGCCAGUGCCCAGGAAGGUGACCAUCCGCAGCCUGCCCUCUGCAGACGACAUCGACCCAGACGUACUGGACAGCAUGCACUCCCUGGGCUGCUUCAGAGACAAAAACAAACUACUGAAAGACCUGCUCUCAGAUGAUGACAACCAAGAAAAGAUGAUCUACUUCCUGUUACUGGACCGUAAGGAAAGGUACCCCAGUCAGGAGGACCAGAACCUUCCCCCCCGCAAUGAGAUUGAUCCCCCAAAGAAGCGGGUGGACUCUCCCAUGUUAAACCGCCAUGGCAAGAGGAGACCAGAGAGGAAGUCCAUGGAGGUCCUCAGUGUCACAGACGGAGGCUCGCCUGUACCGGCAAGGAGGGCUAUCGACAUGACACAGCAUGGACAGAGUAAAUCAGUGUACAGUAAAAGCUUGGAUAUUCCUGACAUCAGUACAAAACGCAGCCAAGAAGAAAGGUCGCGAUCUAUUAGUGGAGCCUCGUCCGGCCUCUCCACCAGCCCCCUCAGCAGCCCACGGCCUGUCAGAAAGUUCUGUGUACCGCCUCAGUCCCCAGACUUGCCACAGUCCCCUAACACAAGCCCCUGCCCGUCCCCUGAGCCCACCCCCAAUCACACAGGCCCCCGUAUAUCCACCCCUAACUCACUCGCUCCAAACAAUGAGCCCCUGCCGUCAGCACUCAACAAGACGCAGACGCUCCCUGCCAAGCCCAAAGUUGCCCCCAAGCCCCUUCAAGCCACACAAUCCAACCCGCUCCCCGGAACCCCCCUAGAUCCAGCAUCUGCAGCCAAAUCAGAACCAUCCACUCCCUGCCAGCUCCCAUUGCAGCCACCCUCUGCCUCUGUGCCCCCCACUCCUACUUCUCCAUCCUCCCCAUCCUCCCCCUUUUCCCCAACUUCCAUCUCCAGUGUUUCCAUCCCAAACAGCCCCCAGGUAUGGCGCUCCCAUUUUGCUGCCAACACCCAGCUCUCUGUGCCCUUCCGCCCAGUGGUGCCCCUGUCGCCCAUCCGGCUGCACCACUUUCACCCUGUGGCGCCGGUGCCUUCUUCAUUCACUGACCACCCGCCCAAAUCUAUUCCCCUCAUACAGGUUACCCCUCACCCCUCCCCUCGAGGCAGUCCCCUCCCCACCCCAAAGGGCACCCCGGUGCACACUCCCAAGGACAGCCCGGCCGGGACCCCCACCCCUACGCCGCCGCCCAGCCCUUCCAUCGGAGGCAUGCCUUGGAGGACGCGCCUCAACUCUAUCAAAAACAGCUUCCUGGGCUCACCACGCUUCCACCGCAGGAAACUCCAAGGUACUGACAUCACAGCAUAUUUUUAUGUUCCCACACAAGAGGAGAUGUCCAGCCUCACACCAGAGUCUUCCCCAGAACUUGCCAAAAAAUCCUGGUUUGGUAACUUCAUCAGCCUGGAAAAAGAGGAGCAGAUCUUCAUUGUCAUCAAAGACAAGCCUCUGAGCUCCAUCAAGGCAGACAUCGUUCAAGCCUUUCUCUCGAUCCCCAGCCUGAGCCACAGUGUGAUCUCCCAGACCAGUUUCCGAGCGGAGUACAAGUCCACAGCUGGCCCUACGGUCUUUCAGAAGCCGGUCAAAUUCCAGGUGGAUAUCACCUACACGGAGAGCACAGCUGCCACUAAAGAGAAUGGCAUCUACUCUGUCACCUUCACCCUGCUCUCAGGACCCAGCCGACGCUUUAAGCGAGUAGUGGAGACGAUUCAGAGCCAAUUGUUAAGCACAUAUGACCAGCCAGGGGUCCAACAGCUGUCUGACGAGAAGAACGGACAGGUGCCCUACCCCUCCGGCACGCCCACCAAGCACCACCCCUCACCCAUGCACGUCCGGAGGCACGAACCAGAACAUAAUGACACCAAAUGCCCCGCUUCGGGCCGAGACAGAGCCAGGUUGUCGGUGGCAUCUGUGGGGCCACAGGAGGAGUCUUAGACCCAAAGGCUACGUAGUCGUACCAGUGCUAAAACCCAUCCCAGUAUCCGUAUAAGCCAGUGACACAGACAGAGAAUAUCUGUACAUAGCUAGAUGUACAUAAUCAUUUAUGGAAUUUUUUGUAUAAAAUAACUUUAUAUAGAUAGAAAUAUAUUAAGAAAAUCUAAGAGAUAUUUUUUACAGUAUACUGCACCUACUGUACAUGACAAACACACACACCCCUGUUCUACCAGUCACCUUUUCAUUACCCCUCAGCGGCCACCAUCAUCAUCCACCCCUCAACCCCAACCAUCUAAUCACCUAUGGCCCUUGCUCUGUUUUUUGCUUCCUUGCUGCUUACCUGUGUGAUGACCUGACUUGUUUCUGAUACCAGGAAUUAUCCAGAAAACCUAUUAAGCCCCUACUCCUGCUCCCUGCUCCGUUCGCCUUCCCUGGACCACCCCUCCAAAACCCUCCCUCCAGAGAGACGGGCGUUUGUUGACGGAGGACUGCUUUUAGAGGUGCGCUGAAAAGGGGGGGUGGUUACCUUGGAAACAGACCCUUCAUGCAGACUUCUACCUUCAUCUCACUCUGCGCCCCUUCUCCACCUCUGGCAGCCAUCAGUAGAAGUAGAUGAAAAUACCUUCAGUGUUCCCCCCCACAAACACACACACACACACACACAACUAAUCCACACAAUGAAACGCACACUCCCAUCACAAACUGACCCCUUUCCUCUCAAGGAGCAUUGCAUCAAUUGGAUACGAGCAUUUUACAAAGAGACACUACAUACACAAUAUACUUACAAGGCAUACAUGCACAGGUCCAGUAUGCACAGAAAACUCUGGGAUGUUUUAACAAGAACAUGAACAACAACAGCCGGAAGAAGACAUGCAGAAUCUGACCGAUUAAGAGGAGGAGAGAAGGGGGAGGAGUUUGGUGAAAAGCCCAAACAGCCGACGCGGAUGCUUGCUGGAUUGUAUUUGUUUGCUUUUUAAUGUACUUUCUUUGUGAAGAACUGGGUUUAAAAUACUAACUGACUUUAUUACACUUUUACUUGCUGCAAAUACACUGGACUUGUGAUUUCAGAGAGGAGCCGGGUGUGAGCAGAACAGGGCAGAGGGGAGAUGAUAUGAUAUCAUGGGUUGGGGGGAGGGAGGAGGGGAGGUAUUUGGGUAUUUAAAAUGAAUGAUCUAUUCUGUUGUACAGACUGAUAUCAUUUUGUAUGUAUAAAAAAAAAUGAAAUGUCUAGUUGUGACACUACGUUUAGACACCAUUGGGUCAGGUUGGUAAACCUGCGCCUGCCACAUCCUGUUAUUUUAAGUUCUUCUGUGUGUUUUUUGUUACACGAUCAUUUAUGUCUUUGUUUAUUGAUCUAAUAAUGAUCCAAACAUUCCUGUUUGUGUUAUCUGCAGCACUUUGUCUUUGGUUUUUUUCCAUUUAUACCUCUCUCUUAGUCUCACUUACCAGCAGUAGGAGUAGAGGAACAAAAAAAUGAUGACGUCAUAAAUGCAAUUGUGGAUAUUUUUGUAUUUCUGUCCUUAUUUAUUCAUGUCUGUUCAUCACACUGUUUGAUUUCCUAAUUUAUUAUAUCUUGGCUAUUUAUAUGAACAAAGCUGUUAGGUCAGUUGAAUGUUAUUUAUUACCCUUUUGUGUGUUUGUAAAUGGGGCAACAUUUGAAGAAAAGUGACAUUUUAUUUCUUAAGUUUCGGUCGGCAUUUAACAGAAUUAUGUGAACAUCACAAAUUCUCAUUUCCCUGACCUCGCUGAAGAGGGAAAGAGAACCUGUGGGAACUCUUCAAAAAGAUUAUUUACCAGUAAUUUAAGAAUGUAGACUUAGCCUCUUUUUAGAGAGGGAAUAUGCUCUUCUAUUGAUAUUUGUUUCAUAUUAUUGUGCGUGUAGGCCAGGCCUGAGGAGAAGGACACCACAGAUCCCAAACUAUUUCUUCUCUUUGUAAAUAAUAUACAGACAAACCAUGGGGGUUGAUUGUCUUCUCGACCAUGCUGGGGAUUCCUGCUCUAUGCUUUUAGAUUGUAUUGCUGUGUGCAUGUCAAACAUAAGCUUUUCUUUGCAUGGCUUUAGUGUUCAUGUUCCAUGCCAAACUCACUCCUCUCAGCCUUCGUUGAUUCUCUCUCCACAAAACUACCUUUAACGUUUUAAAUUCCCUCUCUGCUUUUAUUUCAGGCCUUUUUUAUUGUUCCCUUGCUACUGCUUAUUUUUUCCUUUCUCCUCCUCUUAUCUUGUGCACAGUUUUUGAACGAUGCUUCCUUUACUCUGUACCUCUCGCUGGAAUGCUCGGAGGUUUGGGCUCUCUCUACCUGUUGGUAGAAGAGGCAAAGUGAGGGGAUGUCAAUACACUAAUGCAAAGCAAUACCCCAUCGUUCACCUUCCUUUCUGUUUUCUACAAUGGGAAGCUAGCAGCACCAAGGACAUCUGAUGAUUCUGAGUCCCAGAAUGGUCUUUUGACAGAGCAGGAACAAAACUGACUGAUGUAAUCCCAUUAUAAAAUAACUGUGAGCAUCUUCAGUGCUGAAACAAAUAAACUCAUCAAGUUAU